AUGGCUGACGAACUGAACGUGACCUUAAUACCGGAGCCGGAUGAUACCGAGGGUGUUCUCGUUGCUAAAGGAGUUAGCAUGUUAGUUCUCUUUGUUGCUUGUAUGAUUUGUGGUAUUAUACCACUGUUGGUGGCUAAGAGGUUCAAGUGGUUGUUCGCCGGCGACGCGAAGAAUAUCAGAUCAAGUAACAAGAUAGUAAUGACACUACUGGCUUUUGGUGGCGGCGUCUUGUUGGCCACCACCUUUUUACAUUUAAUGCCUGAAAUUGAGGAAAAUAUAAUUCAGUUGCAAGAGGAAGGUAGUUUGGGCACAUACAACUUCGCCUUGACCCAUUUGCUUACGUGCUCCGGCUUCUUCAUGAUGUACUUGGUAGAAGAACUAAUACACAUGUAUAUGCGAAAAAGGGACGCCAAGAAAACUGAAACGUCGCCAAUGGAUAAUCAAAAUGGUAUUAAAACCAUCGGAAAGGCGAACGAUGCCAACUUGUCUGCUGAUCACUUUACGUCAAAAACGGAUGCUGAAAACCUUCAAAACAAUGAUUUAUUAGAGGUAGAAGAUACCGUUUCAGCUGCACUCAGAGGAUUGCUUAUUGUGCUUGCUCUGUCUAUACACGAGCUCUUCGAAGGUUUAGCUGUCGGCUUAGAGUCUAGUACUUCUAAAGUAUGGUACAUGCUGGGCGCUGUAGCAGGACAUAAACUUGUAAUCUCCUUCUGUAUUAGUGUGGAACUAAUCGCCAGUAGAACCGUAUUUUGGUUAACUAUGGUAUACAUCGUUGUCUACGCUAUUAUAUCACCUAUAGGAAUCGGUAUAGGUAUGAUCUUGGUAGGAGGUGCUGGCGCUGCAGCUGCCGGACUCCCAUCUGUAGUGCUGCAAGGUCUGGCCUGUGGGACAUUGCUCUAUGUAGUUUUCUUUGAAAUAUGGAAAGGCGAUAAAACAAGCUUCUUGCAAUUCAUCGGGUCUAUUGUCGGAUUCUUCUUUAUGUUUGGAAUAACACUAUUGAGUCCACACUAG